GGCAGUGCCCUGCGGAAGAACAACCGCACGUGGGAGAUCACCACCAUCCUCGAAAGACGCGAGCAACGUGCACCAAAACCAGUACUUCGCAGAAGCAUCUUGCCAGAGUGGGUCUUGGCGGCCGCCGACAUCGACCAGGCCAUCCGCAUAGUGAACAGCACGCGUUUCGGCAACCCCGACCGCUUCAAGGACCGAGUGACCGUGGAAAUCCUCGGGGCCGCGCGGCGUGUCAGAGACCCCAGGGCGCAGGCUACCGUGCGCAUCGGUGUCCCGUACCGGCAGAGCCCGCGGGGCCUCGCAGCACACCUCGGGACCAUCAAUUUGAUUGCCGUCGGGGGUGCUUUGUCCCACACAAAGCAAGGUUUCCGGACCUACCGCCAGACGGGUCUCUCCGACAAGAAGUUGGCCAUCGGCUUGUCGGCCGCCUCUGCUGCGAGCGCCGCCCCCCGCCCCUUCCCCGACUGGGCGACGUUGGAGAACGAGAUAGCGACGCAGAUACAGAAGUACUGCUGGGGCCGCAGUGUCAGGGUGGGCGAUUGGCCGCGGGCCCGGCUCCAGGCCAGCCACUUCCGCGCCGGGCCCGGAGCCCAGGCUGGCCAUUAUUUGGCCGCGGCCGCCGACGGCAAGAAAACGAAACACAUCCCACGCUUCACGAACUACAAGGAGCAGACGGAGAAGUGCGAAAACAGCAAGCUCGUUUGCCGGAUGACCUUCCCCGCGGCCUCGGCCGCCGCGAGCGAG